GACUUGUGACAUGAAGUAGGACAGCCAGCAUUUUGAAGAGUUCUGUCAUAAAUACGGCUGUAUCUCUGAACGUUGGUGGAUUUACUGGAGAGUCUUCCCAAAGCCUCCUCGAAUCAGAACCCAUAAACUUUCUAAAAGCUUCAUAAUGGAAUUCUUAGUAUCCAAAGGAGAUUAUAUUAGAUAUUUCAAAAGAUCUUUAUUGCUAGUUUUAGUAUGUGUCAUAGUUCUUGUGUGCACUGAUCAGGACUACUACAGUUUACUUGGAGUAUCCAAAGAAGCAAGUAGUAGAGAAAUACGACAAGCAUUCAAAAAACUGGCAUUAAAGUUGCACCCUGAUAAAAACCAGAAUGACCCAAAUGCACAUGAAAAUUUUUUGAAAAUAAAUAGAGCAUAUGAAGUACUUAAAGAUGAAGAUCUACGGAAGAAGUAUGAUAAGUACGGAGAGAAAGGUCUUGAAGAUCAGCAGCAAGGAGGUCGUUAUGAAAGCUGGCACUAUUAUCGCUAUGAUUUUGGUAUUUAUGAUGACGAUCCUGAAAUUAUAACAUUGGAUAGAGGAGAAUUUGAUGCUGCUGUUAACUCAGGAGAACUGUGGUUUGUGAAUUUUUAUUCUCCUCGAUGCUCCCACUGCCACGAGUUAGCACCUACGUGGAGGGAGUUUGCCAAAGAGAUGGAUGGAGUAAUACGCAUUGGAGCUGUCAACUGUGGAGAUAAUAGAAUGCUUUGUCGAAUUAAAGGGAUUAACAGCUAUCCCAGUCUGUAUGUUUUCAAAACUGGAAUGCAACCAGUGAAAUAUUAUGGAGACAGGUCAAAAGAGAGCUUAAAGAACUUUGCCAUGCAAUAUGUUACAAGCACAGUCACCGAGUUAUGGGCAGGAAACUUUGUUAAUGCCAUUGAAACUUCAUUUGCUUCUGGUGUUGGUUGGCUGAUCACCUUCUGUGCUGAACGUGGGGAUUGCCUGAGUUACCAAACACGCCUUAAGCUAGCUGGCAUGUUGGAAGGUCUUGUUAAUGUAGGCUGGAUGGACUGUGGCACCCAGGGUGAGCUUUGUGAUAAUUUAGAUAUCUCAUCUAGUACUACAGCAUACUUUCCACCUGGAGCCACCAUCAUCAAUAACAAAGAGAAAGGAGGCGUUUUGUUUCUUAACUCCUUGGAUGCCAGAGAAAUAUAUCAGGAAGUAAUGCAGCAUCUGCCAGACUUUGAAAUUAUCUCUGCAGCAUCAUUAGAGGACCGUCUGGCUCAUCACCGAUGGCUGCUUUUCUUCCAGUUUGGGGAGAGUGGUAAAUCAAAUGUACAGGAAUUUAAGAAACUUAAAUUUUUACUUAAAGAUGAACAUAUUCAGGUUGGCAAGUUUGACUGUCUUUCCUCACCAAGCAUCUGCAACAAACUAUAUGUCUAUCAGCCUUGUUUAGCAGUCUUCAAAGGAAAAGGAACUGGAGAUUAUGAAAUUCAUCAUGGAAAGAAGAUCUUAUAUGACAUUGUUGCAUUUGCCAAAGAAAGUGUCAACUCUCAUGUUAUCACACUGGGACCUCAGAAUUUUCCUGACAAAGAGAAGGAACCAUGGCUUGUGGAUUUCUUUGCACCGUGGUGUCCUCCUUGUCGAGCUUUGUUACCAGAGCUGAGAAAAGCAUCAAAACAUCUUUAUGGUCAGCUUAAAUUUGGAACGCUAGACUGUACUGUCCAUGAAGGGCUUUGCAACAUGCAUAACAUUCGAGCUUAUCCAACAACAGUUGUGUUCAAUCAGUCUGAUGUUCAUGAAUAUGAAGGACAUCACUCCGCUGAGCAGAUCUUGGAGUUUAUAGAGGAUCUUAGGAAUCCAUCGGUGCUCUCCCUAACACCAGAGACAUUUGUUGAAUUCGUUCAGAAAAGAAAACGAGAGGAAAUCUGGAUGGUUGACUUCUAUGCUCCAUGGUGUGGACCUUGUCAGGCUUUAAUGCCAGAAUGGAAAAAAAUGGCCAGGAUGCUAAAUGGAUUAAUCAGUGUAGGCAGUGUGGAUUGUCAAAAAUAUUAUUCUUUCUGUCACCAAGAAAGUGUUCGGGGAUAUCCUGAAAUAAGACUCUUCCCUCAAAAAUCAAACACAGCUCAUCAUUAUUAUAGCUACAAUGGAUGGCACAGAGAUUCAUAUUCACUGAGAGGCUGGGCACUGGGAUAUUUACCACAACUGUCUGUAGACCUGACUCCUCAGAGUUUCACAGAAAAAGUUCUGAAUGGAAAAGAUCACUGGGUCAUUGAUUUUUAUGCUCCUUGGUGUGGACCUUGCCAAAAUUUUGCUCCUGAAUUUGAGAUCCUUGCAAGGACUGUUAAAGGAAAAGUAAAAGCUGGAAAAGUAGACUGUCAGGCGUAUGCUCAGACCUGUCAAACUGCUGAUAUCAGAGCCUACCCUACUGUUAAGUUUUACCCCUACCAAGGAACAAAGAAAAAUGUUCUUGGGGAAUACAUAGACAGCAGAGACGCAAAAGGUAUUGCUGACCUUUUGAAUGAAAAAUUAGAAGCAAUUCAAAAUAAAGGAAAAAGAAAAAAAUCUAGAAAUAAGGAUGAACUCUAAGUGGUACUGGAGGUAAACACAAUUAAAAAUAUUCUGAAGCUGUGAAUAUAGAAGACACCAUGAGGAAAAUAUAAGGCUGAUUACAUUCAUGACAGGACAAAAGAGAUGAAAACUAGUUUGAGUUCAUGGGCAUAUGCGACUGUAUGAAUUCUGUUAAACUGUGGGGAGAUGAAAGCAUUUUGGCUUUGGUGGAAGCAUUCAAUGUUUCUGCAAAUGAAUUCUGCAUGUCCCUUUUCUGAUAUACCAACUACCUUCUUCCUAGUCAAACAUUGGAGUUGACCAGAAAUGUGGACUUCUAUCACUUUUGCCUACCCGUUUACUGGUUCCUUAUAUUUUUCCAUCUCUUUUCAAACACUUUUUGAAUGUGGCACUCAGCCUAUGGCUGAAUAUGCACUCAAACCACUCUGCAAUGCAGAAACACAAUGAGGCAUUGUCUAUUUGAAAGACAAACAGUUUUACCUGAUGAUUAUUCAUUUUGCUUUGGGGUUGCAUUAUUGUCUAGUCA